UGCUACUGUGACGUAUAAUCUAGUGGACGGAACGCUUCUUUCAACAGCAUCAACAGACAGUCAGCCACCUCCGUAGCUUGCUAGACAAAAUAGACGAACCAACAAAGCUUUAGAUGCUUCCGUAGAGCCACUGUGUUUUAAACCCACUUCUGUCGUCUAGUUAGUUAUCCGAUUUGAUGUCAUAUUUACGUUGUUAUUAGUUAGCUAGCUGGCUUCUUAAGUUAGCACUAGCCUAGCUAUCUAACAUCCCCGACCAUGAGCUCACCAAGCUACUCUCCUCCUGCUAAAGGAGAGGGGGUCUGCUGGACGGAGAAAGAAGUUCUCGUGAAAGAGGAGGAGGAAGAGAAGGAUGUUACAAUACAAAAACAAGUAGAGGGUGAGGCUGUUACGGUGAAAGAUGAAGAUAAAGACGUUGCAGUGAAAAUAGAGGAAAACGCGUUCAGAGUGAAAGAGAAGGAUGUUUCAGUAAAAGAAGAGGAAGAGAAAGACGAGGAUGGAGUUUUUGGAUUGAAAGAGGAGGAAGGGGAGAUGACUGUCACAUCGAAAAAGGAGGAGGAAGAGGAGGAGGAAACUGGAUAUCUGGGCCCGGUUUCCCAAACGCAUCUUAAGGCGUCCAAUGGUUCAAAUGAUGAACAUAGCAGUAAGAUGGUUUUGAGAAACCGGUCCCUGAUUAACACUAGAGAGAGACGUGAUCAUCGUGCAUCCUCUGGGGAGCCUCAACAACAUCAUGAAGCUGAGGAGGCAGAGAAGAGUCUCUCCAGAUCAGAACACCUCAAGAAACACCAGCGGAAACCCACAGGGAAGAAAUCUCACCACUGCUCUGACUGUGGGAAGACCUUUUCAAGAUUAUAUACAUUACAAUCACACCAGAGAAUUCACACUGGAGAGAAACCUUUCAGCUGUGAUCAAUGUGGGAAAAGUUUUGUUACAUCUGGCUGUCUGACUAUACACCAGAGAACACACACAGGAGAGAAACCUUAUAGCUGUGGUCAAUGUAAAAAGAGUUUUGUUACUUCUAGCUGUCUGACUGUACACCAGAGAAUACACACAGGAGAGAAACCUUAUAGCUGUAAUCAAUGUGGGAAAAGUUUUGUUUCAUCUAGCCGUCUGACAAUACACCAGAGAACACACACAGGAGAGAAAUCUUACAGCUGUGAUCAAUGUGGGAAGAGUUUUGUUUCAUCUAGCCAUCUGACUAUACACCAGAGAAUACACACAGGAGAGAAAGCUUACCACUGCUCUGACUGUGGAAAGAGUUUUUCUAUCUCAGGAAAUUUUAAAUCACACCAGAGAACACACACAGGAGAGAAGCCUUAUAGCUGUAAUCAAUGUGAGAAGAGUUUUGCUCAAUCAAGCAACCUGAUAGCACACCUGAGAAUACACACUGGAGAGAAACCUCACUGCUGCUCUGACUGUGGGAAGUCCUUCUCAAAAUUAUAUACAUUACAAUCACACCAGAGAAUUCACACUGGAGAGAAACCUUAUAGCUGCUCUGACUGUGGAAAGAUCUUUUCAAAAUUAUAUACAUUACUAUCACACCAGAGAACACACACAGGAGAGAGGCCUCAUCGCUGUAAGCAAUGUGGGAAGAGUUUUAUUCGCUCAAGCUGCCUGAUGGUACAUCUGAGAAAACACACAGGAGAAAAAUCCUUUAGCUGUGAUUAAUGUGGGAAGAGUUUUACAACAUCUAGCUAUCUAACUAUACACCAGAGAAUACACACAAGAGAGAAACCUCAUAUUUGUGAUCAAUGUGAGAAGAGAUACUCUGGUAAAAUAUCUCUGAUCAAACAUCAGAAAAUACAUAGAUGAAGGAGUUGUUUAUUGAUUUCAAUUAAAUAAUGUCACAUUGUAGAAUGUUUUUAACAUUGUAGUAGGAGUAUUUUAAUGAUGUCACAAUGUAGAAUGUUUUUAACAUUGUAGUAGGAGUAUUUGAAUGAUGUCACAAUGUAGAAUGUUUUAACAUUGUAGUAGGAGUAUUUUAAUGAUGUCACAAUGUAGAAUGUUUUAACAUUGUAGUAGGAGUAUUUAAAUGAUGUCACAAUGUAGAACCCUAAACAAAUUUUGUCCCCUGUUCUAUUGAUUUCAGUAUGAUAUGGAUAUUAGCCUCAUCAGGGGAAAAAUCCAGGCUCUGAAAUGAAAGUACUAUUUGUGAUUAACAAGAAAAAGUGUUGCUUUACACUUACUGCAUUGGCGACCCACUUGAAUCAAAAUGCAACACUUCAAAAUGUGUCUGUUUUCUACAAAUUGACCUCUAACCGGUGAUGUACACAUUAUUCCCAGAUUCCGUGUGUUUUUUGAGCUGUUAGUUUUAUCAGGCUGUGCAACGUCAUCUCCCCCUUCUUGUGCAAUUGAUUUCAACGUGAUGUUGAUGUGAGUGAUGCUAAAUAUGUGUUGUGUUUCUCUUCGUUCUGGGGACGGCGAAAUUUAAAUGCAUCACUCCAGAAUGUAGCUGACUGUCUUCUGCAGGUUGUCCUCUAACCAGUGAGGUAAAAUAUAUCUCCCAUUUCAUGUUUUUUUUUAGUUUCAACAGCACAUACAACCUGAUUUCCCCCCUAAUAGAUAUCAGUGAUUUAUUGCCAGUUGUCAAAACAAGUGUUUUAGAUGCUUGUUUUUUAUUUUGUUUAUUUAUUUAUUUAACAUUUAUUUAACUAGGCAGGUCAGUUAAGAACCAAUGUUUAUUUUCCAUGACGGCCUAGGAACAGUGGGUUAACUGCCCUAGGAACAAUGGGUUAACUGCCCUAGGAACAGUGAGUUAACUGCCCUAGGAACAGUGAGUUAACUGCCCUAGGAACAGUGAGUUAACUGCCCUAGGAACAGUGAGUUAACUGCCCUAGGAACAGUGAGUUAACUGCCCUAGGAACAGUGAGUUAACUGCCCUAGGAACAAUGGGUUAACUGCCCUAGGAACAGUGAGUUAACUGCCCUAGGAACAGUGAGUUAACUGCCCUAGGAACAGUGAGUUAACUGCCCUAGGAACAGUGAGUUAACUGCCCUAGGAACAGUGAGUUAACUGCCCUAGGAACAGUGAGUUAACUGCCCUAGGAACAGUGGGUUAACUGCCCUAGGAACAGUGGGUUAACUGAUUUUUACUUUUCAGCUCAGGGAUUCAAUCUUGCAACCUUUCGGUUACUAGUCCAGCGCUCUAACCAAUAGGCUACCUGCCGCCCCUACACUCUAACCAAUAGGCUACCUGCCGCCCCUACACUCUAACCAAUAGGCUAACUGCCGCCCCUACACUCUAACCAAUAGGCUACCUGCCGCCCCUACACUCUAACCAAUAGGCUACCUGCUGCCCCAAACUGCUUGUGCAGUUUAUAAGGUGCUCGUAAUUUUUUUUUAUAUGAUUAUUGUUUCAGGUGUUUGUGUAGAUAGUACAUUUUAUGUUUAGGUUUUCAAUAUCACAAACUGUUUCUGCGUAUUGGUUAUUGAUUUGGACCCAUUAAAACUGUUUUGACAUUGGGCUAGCCCACAAAAUGUUAUUGAUUUGGACCCAUUAAAACUGUUUUGACAUUGGGCUAGCCCACAAAAUGUUAUUGAUUUGGACCCAUUAAAACUGUUUUGACAUUGGGCUAGCCCUCAAAAUGUUAUUGAAAAGAUGACUAUGUCCGACGUCCAACAUUCAGUUUUGGUUGAGAGUGAAAAUUGAAAAUGCCGGGGUUUUUUAAUUUAUUUUUUAGGUCGUUGAAAAUACGUUUUUUUUUCGUGUCUUUGAAAAGACUAUAUAACGACGUCAAGACUACGUUCGGUUUUGGUUGAACGUUGAAAAUACCUAUAUUUCAAGUCGUUGUUUCAAACAUCUUAAAACAACUUAAUUUCAACCUACUUGCAGCCUAUAAAACUGGACGCAGUUUACAAAAUCGGUCUAUGAACAGUUUUAUUAACAAUCAUACGUCACUCCCAAUAUUUACACACACGGUAUUUCUUUACAACAUUCAAAUGCUAAUUGUCUUUAUUCCACUACUGAAGAAGCAUGUCUCAAAUCACCUCAUAUUUCAAACAUUCAGCCUGACAAAAGAUACAUGUUUAAUUAUUCCAUGCCUCACCAUUAAGUGAAGUAUUGCCAAUACAUAUUAACAAAGGGGUGUACAUUCGGUUUUGAUAUUUUCAUAAUAUUUCAAUGUAAUGUAACAUGUAGUAAUCACAAUUAUUUAUGCAACCGGCUGACUAUUUCUCGGUGCAAUUAUAUUAUUUACAAACAACGAUGUAUAAGAAGCUUAUAUUUUGGACUGGAUAUCUAUCGCAUCUUAUUCUUACUCAAAUCAAAUUUAUUUAUAUCGCCCUUCUUACAUCAGCUGAUAUCUCAAAGUGCUGUACAGAAACCCAGCCUAAAACCCCAAACAGCAAGCAAUGCAGGUGUAGAAGCACGGUGGCUAGGAAAAACUCCCCUAGAAAGGCCAAAACCUAGGAAGUAACCUAGAGAGGAACCAGGCUAUGAGGGUUGGCCAGUCCUCUUCUGGCUGUGCCGGGUGGAGAUUAUAACCAGAACAUGGCCAAGAUGUUCAAAUGUUCAUAAAUUUCAACCUGACAGGAUGUCAGUCCUGUCUGGUCUUAGUAUUUUAUUCAAUGCCAUUUUCUUAGAAUGCUCAUUAGUCUUUCAGGUUUUAUAAUGUUUGUGUUUUUUAUUAGUCUUUUCCUGUGAAGUCAUUACAUCCAUGUCUGAAAUGUGCUGUAUAAAUAAAACAUGAUUUGAUUUAAACAUAUUGCAAAAACAACCAAUCCAGUGCCGUAGCAGCAAAACUCACUGUCCUCUCUGAAACGUCCUCUCACUGUCAGCUGCGUUUAUUUUCAGCAAGCUUAACAUGUGUAAAUGUUUUCUUAUGAACAUAACAAGAUUCAACAACUGAGACAUAAACUGAACACGUUCCACAGACAUGUGAUUAACAGAAAUGCAAUCAUGUGUGGCCAUGGCAGAACACUGACAUUCCUGUCUUGCAGGAAAUCACGCACAGAACGAGCAGUAUGGCUGGUGGCAUUGUCUUUUCUUUGUGUAACCAGAUGUCAUAUCUGUUCCGCCCGCUAGAGACAUUUUCCUUUAUGACAUCAUUUGUAAUCAAGGUAUGAUUCAUUCUGUGUAUAUGUAAUUCAGUGUGAUUAGUUAGCUAUUUAGUAAAUAAAUAAUUAAACCCAAUUUUGUAUUGCUGAUUAAACUUGUUAGCCAGGGUUAGUGAAGAUAACCAAGAAUUUACAACUUUCAGAUGAGACUGAAAUUAGGUGACGAUUAAUAUUGACGGCUAUUGAUGUAAAAUAUUACUAGGACUUUAAGAGUUUAUUCGGAAGAUAACUGCUCUAUAAAUAUUAUUUCGUGGUGCCCCGACUUUCUAGUUCAUUACAUUUACAUGAUUAGCUCAAUCAGGUGAUAUUAAUUACAGAGAAAGGAUUUUAUAGAAUAGCAUGUCACUUAGCAUAUCACUUAAUCCGGCAUAGCCAAAGACACGACACUUAGCUAGAUAAUAUAUCUGACUAGAUAUAAAGUGAAAUGUUCCUUUAGUUAUAAAUAUGUAUGCAAGUGCUAUAUUCUGGAUUACUUGUUUUGAUUGUGUUACAGCCAUGCAUAGUUCGUAUUAGCUAACUAGCUAGCUAGUAGCUUGUUAACUAACU